AUGGCUCGAUGCAUCUCCUGUAGCUCAUCGUGUCCGCUGAAGAGGAAGGGCACACAGACACUGGUGGACCCAGCUAACCUUGUGUCCUAUAUUCCUGUGCUUCUGGAGUCUGGUGACGUCUGCAACAACGUUGUACAGCAGGUGAAGUACAUGUUCAGAUACAGUGAAGCUGGGGAAAUCCUGAAUGUGAUAGCAUCAGUUUUGCAGGGAGCCAUUAAAAGCAUCACGGUGCCCAUUCAGCAAGAGUUUCAGAUUACAUUCCUGCAGGAGAUAUCUAGCACACCAGUGUUGUUAUUUAAUGGCAAUCCUGGCUAUGUGGUGGGACGGCCCCUAGUGGCUGGGACAAGAACAGCAGAUGGGAUAGUUCAAUCCGCUGACCCAAAAGGGUCCCUUACUAUCCUCCAAAACUCUGGAGAUCAGGAUUGCUUGCUUGGCUCAUCACGGCGCUCCCCUGUUCUGUUUGGGAUUGACAUGGUAUCAGGCUGCACUCUGAAGUUGUCCAAUGGAAUUAAUUGUUCUCUGUGUGUAUACAGCAUCUGCCAGGGGACAAAGAUCAAGAUCAGCUUGGCUUUGAGUGACAAUAAACACAACACACUGUAA